AUGGAGCCUACAGCGGGAAGGUUUGAGAUGGAUAAGUUCACCGGAAAGGAGGACUUCGGUAUGUGGAAGUAUAAGCUCCUUGGUCAACUCAAGAUCCAAGGUAUUGGAGACGUAUUAAAUGAAGACUUCACCAUCACAGCUAAAUCUGCAAAAGCAGAAGAACGAUCAGAACCAAGAAGAGAUCCUAAGAAAGCAGCAAAAGAUCUCAGAGUUGCUAGGGACUUGGACCAGGAAGCAACUGGAAAGCUUGAAGCAGUGGAACAGCUUGAACCAGAGGAGCAGCUUGAACCUGAGGAAGCAUUGGAAGCUUUGGCCUUACCAGCUGGACCAAUCACAAGGUCCCAAACUAAGAUACUCAACCAAGGAAUUGGAAGAGUACUUAGCCGUUUGAGUCGGCGUGACCAUGAGCUUAAACAUUCCACUCUGAUUCUAAUCCUUGUCCAUCUCUUGGUGUGUAAUAUCCUGGAGAUCAACAAGAGCCUUGUCCAUCUCUUGGUGUGUAAUAUCCUUGAGAUCAACAAGUUUGGUGUUGAGAGAUCCUUCCGCAGAUCUCUUGUUAUAGCCAUUCAAUCAUCCAUCUUCUUCCUCAACGCCCAAGUCCAUUCCAUCUUGUUUUCAUUCCUUCCAUCAAUCUUAAAAUAUUUCAUUUCAACAUCCAAUCUUACUUCAAAGUGCCGAUCUAUAAUCAGGGGUCUAUCAAGUGGUAUCAGAGCCACUUUGAAGCUAAGUACUAUGGCGGAUGGAAAGGAAGAUGAAGAGGAGACGACAAGAGUCUCAAGCCUCAGCGAAUCCCUGUCUGGAACAAUCAAGAAGCUGAUGAGGGAUGAGUUUGACCGGAGGGAACAAAUCAAGGCAGGAAAGCGCAAAGAGUCAAGAUCCAUCCAUAUAUCUGAAGAGGAGCGAGAGAUGACCCUAUGGCGUCAAGAGGAUGGCUGA